UCAAGUUGAUCCAGCCAAUGGAUGCACGCAUCGCGUCUGUCCGUGACUUCAUCCACGAUAUCAAACCACGCAUCUUACAGUCAGACUCCAUCGUGCCCAUCACGGAUCCUUACGGCCCCAGCGUGGUGGAUCCAGACAUGAGGUGCAUUGUGGUCAGUGAGGAGACCAAGAAAGGUGGAGAUGCUGUCAAUAGGGUCAGACAGGACAAGGGCCUAUGUGUACUAGACGUACAUGAGAUAUCUCUAGUAGAGGACAUCAAUCAUGCUGCACAUGGAGAAGCUAAGAUAAGUCCCUCAACACAAAGGAUUGGACUCCUGGGAACACUGCUCAAGCAACCCACGCAUGUGACGUACCUGGAGGUCCUGUUGGAGGUCAAACAAAGGUCACCCUGCGAAACGAACACUGGCGAUACAUCGUUACAUGGUGAGUACCAUGAAUGCUCGAGAAAGACACGGCAUUAUUUGAAGUAA